AUGGAAACAUACACCUACCCUCACUUCCCACAACACAUCUCGAUCGUACACGUUGCUCUGUUCACCUCUGUCUCCAAUGCGAAGGAAAUCAGAGCGCGUAUAGUCAAAGCAAGUACUGUUGAAGGACCUGAUGGAGAUGAUGAACGCGAGAAUGUAAACUUCGCCUUCAUCGAUGCAAAGCUGAUCACAAGCGAAUUACAUCUCCAAACCGCUAUAUAUCAGGCUAUCCUGGCUAAAGCUCAAGGCGCUCUGCGAACGAGGACAGUCCACUCGGAAAUACUGUGGGCUCUGAAUCCCAGCAACAAUAUUACAGAGGCAAUCCGACGCUAUGGUGUAUCGGACACUAGCACUGCUGUGAUCGCUGUGCGCAUCACGUCGCCUGAUUUUCAGGACGUUUCAGGAAAGAUGUGUGCGGUCGUGAAAGGCACAAUGAAUCCCUUGAGCUCACUAGAAGCACUCACGGAUUGGUCGGCUGUCAAGAAGUAUCACAAGUUGAACGCGGAAGUAGCUGUGAAGGAGGCAGGUAAAGAUACUGCCCGCGAGCGGCGGAUCGUCGAUAAUAUCGUUGUGAGCACUGUUGCAAUGAAGAGCGUCAUGGCCUAG